AUUUUCUGUUAUUACAAUGAGUACAUUUUAAAGACCAACAUCAUCUAGAAAGAAUACUAAUACGCUACCAGCUUAAUAGGGAGACUUAGAGGAAUAUAUGUAAUUUAUUUAAUCUGAUGUUAGUUAAAUCUUAUACGAUCAUUAAAAGAGCUGCGAAAAGGGUGGAAAAUACCUUGAGGCUGAUCAAGCAAAAAAGAGACUGGCUGAACUUAAAAAGGAACUGGAUUCUAAAAAUAAAGGAGACGUGAAAGAUAGACAUUGUUCUGAAAAAUAGGAAAUUGAAAAAGCUCACUGUGAGGAAUUUAAUCAAUUCAAUACAUUUUGGGAUUAAAAAAUGAUGGAGUUUGAUUAGGAAGCUCAAAAGGUUAAGGAGUAAACUCUUUAAAGACACGAGGAUGAGUUGAGACAGUUUUCAGAAGAACUUGAGAAUUCUAUUCCUGUAAAACCAAAGGACUCUGCUGAGUUAUUGGCAUUAAGAAAGACAGAAGAGUAAUUAGCUAAAUAAGAAAAGUAUAGCAGUUCAAUUAAUUAUAUAGUUAUAUGGAAGCCCAUUUAAUCUAAUAAAAAAUCUUGGCCCAAGAGAGAGACGAAUUAGAGAAAUGGACAACAGGAAGACAAUAAAAAAUAAGAAAUCUGAUUACCUAACUUAGAUAAAAAUAGAUUAAUGAAUUGAAUGCACUCGCAUAAAGAAUUUUAAGUGGACAAGAAGAGCAAAGAAAGAUCAGAUCCUAAGAAUUAGAAAAGUAUUUUAGUUGUAUAUUCUCAAAUUAGAUUAUUAUAAAAAUACCAAAAUGUUAGAAAGGAAUUAGAAAGCCAAUAGGUUCAAGAGAUGACUAGGUUGGACAAAUCAUGUAAAAAUUAAUGUAAGGCCUUCCCAGUAUAUUUUAGCUAUAAUGCAAUAAUCUAGAAUGAAUCAAUCAAGAAUGUAGUAAAGUUAUGCUAAGGACGAAAACCAAUAUAUUAGAUGAG